AAGGGAUUUAGUCGCACACUCAAUGCGAGUAAGAAAUGGCGGCAGAUAAUAGGACAGCAGGGCCCGGAGCCGUUUGUAAGACCCCCGGAGAUGCCGAAAGAUCUCGAGCAAAAGUUUAUCGAGGGACUAGAAGAGUAUGGGCUAGAGUAUAAACAGCCUAGUUUUGCUCCUCAAAACUCCGUAUCGAGCGCCCAUGCUCCUGGCGUACCGGUCGAAACACGCGAUAAGGUCGUAACGGAUCAUUUCAGUCCACAAACAACACCGAACGUCCCCAAGAUAAUGGUGCAAUCACCAUCGCCAAAGCAGAUGCCCAUAUCGAGAAAGCGAGCGCCGUCCUUGACGACAGAACAACUAUACGGACCUCCUCUGGCACGCGCACGUGCCGAACAUAGCACUGGCCUGCCCGCCCUUCCCAUUGAAUCAGAAGCCUUGUGGAAAUUCAAAUUUCCCGGCAAUACACACGCGCUGAUGACGAUCCUUCUCACCUGGUCCUGCACAAUAAUGUCUUGUUAUAAACGUUAUCCUAAGCUGGCAUUUCCCGUCAACCCAGCUUUUCCAUACCCCAUCACUCCGCCCAUCUAUGAACAACUCAUCUCCAUCAGCUUGUAUGACACGAGUGUCCAGCCGCACAAAGAGAUCCGCUUCCUCGGCCCUGGAGAUGCGGCGGAGAUGAUCUAUGGCGAAGUUGACACAUUCAGGAGCGAACGAGACCUGGACGCUUUUCAAGCACAACAAAAGCCAGACUGCAAGGUCCAACGAGCCGCCACCGGCGAAGGGAGAUGGGCAUAUCUUCUCAUCAAAGGCUACCAGGCUACAAAGGAAGAGACGCCACCACAUUUCAUGAUCGCCUUCCACGUCUCUGCCGUAACUGAUUCCUCCGACUGCCUGCAUACUAUUUUCCCCGACGCUCACUCAGCCCCGUCAACGCUUUACCCUCCACUACUUGACACGCCCUUGACGCGCUUUAGCUCCCUCCACAAUCUCAUCCGCGACUCUCACGGCCCCUCCAGCAUACACAAAGCUCUCCGCUCAGCCAGCAGUUCAGAGCAGGCCCAAGGAGGUAUAGCCGACAUAGCGGCUCAAGAGGGCGCACAGACGCUACGUCGUACAGUGUUGAAGUUGGAUAAGGCGGGGAGUGUGCCGUUGAUUGAGGGGUAUAGGGUGGAUGUGCAGGCGUUUAAGGGGUGGCUGGAUGCUGUGGGUAAGGGGGCGGGGAAGCUGGUCAUAUGGAGGGGAAAGGAGUAGAUGAUUGAGGUGGUGUGUAGGAUUCGGAAAUAGGUGUAGUCGGUGG